CUUCAGAUUUGGAAGCUAAUCAACUUCUAGAUGCCAACAAUGGAACAUGAUGUGCAGAAACUCACUCUGAAGAGAGAAGUGGAGCUCACAGGAGCCGUGUCUUUCAUUGCUGGCACCAUGAUUGGUUCUGGGAUCUUCAUAUCUCCACAGUAUGUGCUGGCUGCAAUUGGCAGCCCUGGGGCCAGCCUUGUUAUCUGGGCUUGUUGUGGCCUCUUAGCCAUGCUGGGGGGCCUCAGCUAUGCUGAGUUGGGCACAGUCAUCCCCGAGUCUGGAGCCGAGUAUAUCUACAUGCUGCGAACCGUGGGGAAAGUAGUGGCCUUCAUGUUUGUCUUCACCUUCAUCAAUGUCAUGAGGCCUGUUAGUGCCUCAGGAAUUGCUCUGGCCUUUGCAGAAUAUGUUGUUGCCCCCUUCUACAGCUGCAGCCCUCCGCAGCUGGUGGUGAAAUGUGUAGCCGCAGCUGGUAUUUUGACACUGGCUGUAGUAAACUGCCUGAAUGUCCGCUUGGCCACAGGCAUCCAAGUGGUUACCAUGGUAGUCAAAGUCCUGGCUUUAGCAGUAAUCGUACUGGGGGGUGCUGUGACGCUUUUCCAAGGCCAAAGUAACAGCUUCAACAACUUCUUUAAAGGAACAAAUAUUGGAGCCAACUCCAUUGGAAUUGCUUUCUAUCAAGGCUUGUGGUCCUAUGAUGGCUGGAACACUUUGAAUUAUUUAACAGAAGAGCUGAAACAUCCAGAAGUGAAUCUUCCCAGAGCUCUUGUGAUAGCCAUCUCCAUGGUGACGGCUCUGUACCUGAUGGUGAACGUCAGCUACCUGACAGUGAUGACCCCUAAGGAGCUCAUGUCCUCCACCGCGGUUGCAGUUACUUGGGGGAAUAAGAUGUUUGGAAACUGGGGGUGGAUCAUGUCUGUGGCGGCAGCAUUGUCUGCUUUUGGUUCACUCAACGGGACUUUCUUUAGUGGUGGCCGUGUAUGUUUUGUCGCUGCAAGGGAAGGACACAUGCCAGAUAUUCUAUCCAUGGCUCAUGUCCACCGACUGACUCCGUCUCCAGCACUGAUCUUCACCACGACCAUCUCCCUGAUUGUGCUGAUCCCUGGAGACUUCCAGAGUAUCGUCAACUACUUCAGCUUCACUGCCUGGUUUUUUUAUGCCAUCACCUUGUCUGGAUUGCUGUAUCUAAAGAUCAAGAAGCCAGAGCUGCCCAGGCCAUACAGGGUUCCCAUUUUGAUCCCCAUAUUGGUCCUCAUUGCUGCAGUAUUUCUGGUGCUGGCACCCAUCAUAGAUGAUCCUCAGAUUGAAUAUCUCUAUGUGACGUUAUUCAUCUUCAGUGGAGUUUUAGUCUACGUGCCCUUCAUCCAUUACAAACUCUGCCCAGGACUGUUGAGAAAGUUAACUGUGUUCCUGCAGCUCUUCUUAGAGGUCGCCCCAGCAGAGAAGAACCUGUGAUUAUGUCCAACCACAAAUCAGAAAAUGUUGGGAUGGUA